AUGAGUCGGGGCAGUGGGAGGGGAGGCCUAGAUCGAGGCCGAGCGACUUGUUUUGAAUGUUUGCUCGAUGAAUCGUUACAAAAUGCGUUCGAUGCCGAUUGGGCUGCCGGCCACAUAACGCAGGAAAGUUGGAACGCAAAUGCGUCGGCAGAAGGAAUCCUGGCGUAUAAGCUACUCGUGCAAACUGGGCAUGUCGACGAUCCCGUCGAUAAAUCUCAGGUGACGACGGCGCGUCUGGUAGACGAGCGCGGGGUGAUCAGGUCGACCGGGUUUUACAACUACCUGUCGGCCUGGGUGUCGAAUGACGCCCUGGCCUACUCGUACAGCGACGGGGCAUUGUCGCCUUCACCGCGUGUCUGGUACCACGACCCGUACGACACCGAGCUCAAGAUCCCCAAGAGCAACUCGCUCGACAUGUCGCUGAUGCCGUUCCAACUCGUCGCAUUGGACUCCACAGAGGCUCUGACGGAUACUGUGGGACAAAUCCGCGCCAUCUGCGAUUCGUUUCGGGCUCGUGGUUUGCCAACGUUUCCAGCGGGCAUCCCAUUCACUUUCUGGGAGCAGUACACUGGGUUGCGACCUCAGAUGGCUGCGUCGAUGGGCGCUGCAGCGGCCUGCGUGUUCGUGACGAUCGCCGUCGGCCUGGGCUCCCCUUGGGCAGGUCUUCUAACGGCGGCUUCCGUUGCCCUCACUGUUUUGUGCCUAUGGGGCACCAUGUCGAUGUUGCUCGGGUUGCAGUUGUCCGCCGUGCCGGCGGCGUUGCUCGUGUGCAGCGUUGGCCUGGUGGCGCGGCCGGCGGUGCAAGUGUUGGCGGCGCACGCGUCGGCCAUCGGCGGCCGAGCGAGGCGCACGGCGAUCGCAUUGGACGCUGUCGGGCCGGCCGUCGUGCACGCCCACCUUGCCGUGCUUUGUGGCGCCGCAAUGCUGGCGUUGGCGCCGUUUGACUUCAUCGUGAGGCACUUCUUCUGCGUAAUCGUCGUUUUGGUUAUGCUGAGUUUGCUGCAUUCCCUACUUCUCCUUCCCGUCUUGCUGACGCUUGCCGGUCCGCCAGCUGAGGUGAGCCCCGUGGAUGGGACGUGUUUGCUGCCAUAUCCUUCACCAGAUCUCCGCCGACCCCAGGAGCGUGCUCCAGCGGGGUACCACAAGAGCUCCGCCGUGCCUGGACGAAGCAUGCGUGUGGUGGCGCCGCCGGGAGGACUCAGACGCGGUGGAAACUUAUACCCGCCGCCGCCGCCGGGAAUGCGCGAAGAGCGCCAGCGAAGCGGUUCUAGCAGAAUGUCAAAGAGGGCUGCCGCUGCGGCAGCAGCAGCAGCGGCAACGCGUGGCUCUCAGAUCUCCUUGUCGACGAUCACGGAAGAACCAAGUAGCUUGACGUCGUCGCACGAGAUCGUCUUGCAGCCGGAGUUGGUGCUGGAGACAAGCCUGAAUGGGCCGUUGACGGCGUCGACGUCGUCGUCUUCAUCUGCCGCGUCGAGCUCGUGUGCGUCGAGUUCUUCGGCGGACGAUUGUUGCGGGAAGCGGCUGGAGGACGUGUCUCCUGCCGCAUCUGUGUCCAGUGGGGUGCAUUUCACAACCAGGGUCACGGCCACGGCCAAGUUCAAGGUUGAGCUUCAUUCCCGACCUGGAUGCGUGACUGCAUCGUCAACAACCAGUUCAUCGAAGCGACGCUCGAGAACCUCAGGAAUUGAACGCGUCAGCAUUUCGCAGCCGACGUCGACGUCGUCAUCGGUGUCGUCAACGCGUUCGGAAUGCGAGUCCAGCUUUGAUCCUUACAUGUCUUCGUCGUCCUCACCGUCUCCUCCGCCAUACCGAAGGUCCAAUGACGGCGUGUGAUCCCAGUUUUUUUUUUUUUUUUGUGAAUAGGAGGAAAACCAAAGAUCUUCAUUGCGGAGUCUCACUGAGGAGGAGAAACUCAAGAGUAUUACGCGAUUCUAGUUUUCCGGAUGGCGGGAAACGGAAGAAAAGAAGUUGUCAAAAACUACCUCGAGCCUGCGCUUCGUCACUUAGUGUUGUCGCCAUGUCUCGCACUUUUCCGCCUAUGAGUGUCGUAACGCUGCUGCGUUCCUCGAAUUUUGUUGUUGCUUUGUUAUGAUUUUGUCGCUUUCUUCUUUUUGACCGAAAGUCCUCCGAUUCCUGGCUCAUGUGGCUUUCGAUUUUUUUGGAUUGUUCGUUGCGCGGAGCUUCCAGAAGUUGUGUUUUUUUUUUUCUUGGCAUGAAGAAGACAUUGUUGUUGGUCGAUUUGUAAAGUCAAGUCUCGGGUGUGUGAGUUGGUUUUCGUACCAGAUAAGGAAGUUUAUAGCAUUUGCAGCCUGGAAUUUUUCCACGAGAAUUCUCCUGUAUUUUUCGCUGUUCGGAAUGACGCGUCUCGUGCUUCCAGCGAUCGUCUGGACGUCGAUUUUUAUUUGAUCAAUCGUUUUCCAUUGUCAAGGGUUUUGUUUUGUUCGAAUCGAUCGUUUUUUUUUUUUCUAAGUGAAAAGGCAUGAUGUCCUAAUGUGUUCAAGCGAG